AUUCCUAAAUAUGUUAGCACAUCAGUAGACUGUACCAGUUCCAGCGUAUCGUUGACGAUAACUGAGACGAAAAUCGAGGACUUGUUGACGAGAACCAGGGGUUCGUUGACGAAGGAGAGGGAGCGUUCCGUCGUCGUCGUCGUCGUUGUCGUCUUCUCGCAGAAGGGAAUACUUGACCGCACGCUGGUGAGUGUUGUCGAUUUGAACAUGCGGGAAAGAGCAGCGGCAGCCAUGGCCAUGGCGUCCUCGGCGUCGGUACUUGCACGGGAUUCUUGCUUCUACCGUGUUGUAUCUUUCGGCAGAAACAGGAUCUCAGCGCGUGGUGUAUAUGGCAAAGAAAAAGAAUUCGGUUCAAAUGGCGUGCAUGAGGUAGAAUUUCCACGUCAAUUUUUUCGAAGUGAGCGUCCAUCAGCAAUUACCUGCGUUGCGGACAGUCAAGCUUCCACAUCUAUUAGCAGGCAGCCCCGAGAGCUCCUUGUACCUAUUCCUCAGCUUGUUGAGGCUCGAGUAAUUUUUGCUGCUGCACCGGCCUUGGGUCAUUACCAGGAAGGGCAUCCCGAAUCUAACGAAAGAGUGCCUUCCAUUCUUGAAGCUCUGGAAAGGGGGAAACUGACACCUGAGUUUCGUGGCAACGAGGUUUUAAGGAUUCAGAAUUUCAAAGCAGCAUCACAGGAGGAUGUAGCUGCGGUUCACUCUCUGGGUUAUGUUAAGGGACUGGAAAGGGCAAUGCAAAAGGCAGAAGACGAAGGCCUUAUAUUUCUAGAUAACUCAGGACCUACGUACGCGACAUCGUCUACUUAUCAUGAUUCUAUGCUGGCGGCAGGUGCAAGCUUAGCGCUGGUGGAUUCUGUGGUGGCAGCAUCAAAGGAGACCCAGAAUCCUCCCGUCGGUUUCGCUCUUGUGCGACCUCCAGGUCAUCAUGCAGUUCCUGCGGGGCCGAUGGGCUUCUGUGUGUUUGGGAAUAUUGCCGUGGCUGCUCGCUAUGCACAACAAGCACACGGGUUGCAGCGUGUUUUCAUUAUUGAUUAUGAUGUUCAUCAUGGCAAUGGGACUAAUGACGCCUUCUACGACGACUCCGACAUAUAUUUCCUCUCCACACACCAGGAUGGUAGUUAUCCAGGGACUGGGAAGAUGAGUGAAGUUGGUGCUGGCUCUGGAGAAGGGGCAACUCUUAAUCUGCCUUUGCCAGGGGGUUCGGGAGAUGACACAAUGGCACGUGUAUUUGAAGAAGUAAUUGCGCCUGCUGCUCAACGUUUCAAACCUGAUAUCAUUCUGGUGUCUGCUGGGUUUGAUGCACACGUCCAAGAUCCCUUGGCAGGGAUGCAGUUCACAACGGGAACGUAUUAUCGACUUGCAUCUGAUAUCAAGAGUUUGGCGCAAAGUCUUUGUGGAGGCCGGUGUGUUUUUUUCCUCGAGGGAGGAUAUGACCUCAAAUCUUUGUCAAACAGUGUUGCAGAUUCAUUCCGAGCUUUUCUUGGAGACAAGAGCUUGUCAAGCAGGCUUGAUAAUCCAGCUGUUUUGUAUGAUGAACCCAGCUUGUAUGCAAGGCAAGCAAUUGAUGAGAUCAAAUCCAUCCAUUCACUGUAAAAUUAAAAUCUCGACUCUAGAUAGAUUCGAAGUAUUUCGAGAAAGCUUAUGGACACGUGAUAACAUGAAUGCGCUCUAUUCCCAUGAAUACAUAACAGAUCUUCACUGGAGGAUGUAGCUUGUAUCUCAAUCAUAAAUCGAUUGUUACGUUGACUUCUAAAUGCACUGGGGGUGUGACAUGGGGCUACAACUAUUGCUUGAGGUUCAUUAAUUCUGUGAGAAAGAGAGGAUCAAGAUAGCUUUAUCACCACCUGUGGAGGAACAAUCCAUUAUGGUGUAGGACAUGUAUCACGUUAAUUAUCUCACUUAGUCAUUUAUUCAUUCGA